UUAGAAACUAAGAUCAUGGCGUCCAGCCCUCUCAAUUCCUGGCAAAUAGAUGGGGAAGAAAUGGAGGUAGUGACAAAUUUUAUUUUCCUGGGUUCCAAGAUCACCGCAGACGGGGACGGCAGCCAAGAAAUGAAAAGACACUUGAUCCUGGGGAGGAAAGCCAUGGCAAAUCUAGACAGCGUACUAAAAAGCAGAGACAUCACCCUGCCAACAAAAACGCAUAUAGUCCAGGCGAUGGUUUUCCCAGUCGCAGUGGAUGGCUGUGAAAGUUGGACCAUAAGGAAGGCUGAGAAGGCCAAAGAAUGGAGGCCUUUGAACUCUGGUGCUGGAGGAGACUCUGGCAAGGCCAUCCAACCGCUGGAGACCAGCGUGGAGCACAUCCAGCAGCUGGCGGCCAAGGUCUGCGUGACACUGAAGCUGGCACCCCCCGAGGUGUGUCGGGAGAUCAUCCGUAUCUUUGGGCAAGAUUUGGUGACCGCCUGGGUCCGCUCCGUCCUACGCCCGGCUGAGAUCUGCGGCCUGCUGGUGGGCACCCAGUGCGGCCACUGGGACAUCUACUCCAGCUGGAACGUCACCCUGCCCAAGACCCCCAAGCCACCCUUGCAGCCUCUGGUGCCCCCUCCACCCGGCGCCCCCACGGCCCGCCUGCUCUUCCUGACGGACCUGCACUGGGACCGGCAGUACACCCCGGGCAGCGACCCCGACUGCAAGGACCCCCUCUGCUGCCGGGGGGGGCAGCCGCGUGGCCCUGGGGCCGGCUACUGGGGCUCCUACAGCAAAUGCGACCUGCCCCUCCACACCCUGGAGAACUUGCUGCAGCACUUGGCGUCUGCCGGGCCGUUCGAUGCCGCUUACUGGACGGGCGACAUCCCGGCUCACAACGUCUGGCAGCAGACGCGCCAAGACCAGCUGUACGCUCUCACCACCAUCACCAGCCUCAUCCAGAAGUACCUGGGGCCGCUGCCCGUCUACCCGGCGGUGGGCAACCACGAAUCGGUUCCCGUCAAUGCCUUCCCCCCGCCCUAUGUGCCUGGGAACCAGUCCUCCGCCUGGCUGUACGAUGCCAUGGCCAACGCCUGGCAGCAGUGGCUGCCGCCCGAAGCCUUGCAAACCCUGAGGCUGGGGGGCUUCUACACCCUCCCCAUCUGGCGGGGCCUCCGCCUGGUUUCCCUCAACAUGAACUUCUGCUCUGAGGCCAACUUCUGGCUCCUGAUCAACUCCACUGACCCAGCCGGGCAGCUCCAGUGGCUGGUGGGCAUCCUGCAGAAGGCCGAGGAAAGUGGCGAGAAGGUCCACAUCAUCGGCCAUAUCCCGCCCUCCCACUGCCUGCGGAGCUGGGGCUGGAAUUACUACCACAUCAUCAACAGGUUUGAGGGCACGGUAGCCGGGCAGUUCUUUGGCCACACUCACCUGGACGGGUUUGAGAUCUUUUACGACGAGGAGACCAUUUCCCGGCCGGUGGGCAUUGCCUUCCUGGCUCCCAGUGUUACCACCUACAUCAAACUCAACCCAGGGUACCGGAUCUACCACGUGGACGGGAUCCGCUCUGGCAGCUCCUACAUGGUCCUUGACCACGAGACGUUCAUCUUGAACUUGACGCAGGCGAACCAGCCCGGUGCCGUGGCUCGGUGGCAGCGCCUCUAUGGGGCCCGGGAGACUUAUGGGCUGCCUGUGGCCUUCCCGGAGGACUGGAACCGGCUCCUGGACCGCCUGCAGGCUGACGAGCGGCUCUUCCAGCACUUCUGGUACCUGAGGUUCAAGGGCCACCCGCCUGCCAAGCCCUGCGGGGAUGCCUGCAGGAAGGCCACGCUCUGCGCUCUCCGCACCGGCCGGGCAGCCGAUCCCAAACUCUGCCAGACCCUUAAGCUGCCCUUCCCAGAAAUCCAGGCCUGGUGGUGGCAACAGAGGUUCUGCUAGCUGGGGGCCAAGUUGAGGCCUCGGAGUUCCAAGGGAUGCAGUGGCCUUGUGCUCCAGCAGGCUCUGUGGGCAUGGGCACAACAUGGUGUCCCUUCUCUCGGGCACUCCAUGGGGCUCAAGUUCCAGACAAGCCCUCACAGCCCUCCAAAUCACACCCCUGAGAUGUGGAAAAGGCCCGGCCAUGGCCCCAAGACUCUUAAGAGAGGGUGGGGUGCCCUGGCUGUUCUUUCCCUCUGCAGCUCCCCUCUAUUGCUUGGCAGCUUCUUCUCUUCCACCCCUGCUCCACCCCUGUGUGUGGGCAUGAAAAGCAGGCCUGCAAGACAUGCACAACCUGCUGCCCCCAUGUUUGAAGUGCCAUCCGCAGAGGAGGAGCAGAUGCCCAAACAGCCGGGGAUGCUGGGGGCUGUUGCCAGGACUCUCCACAGAGCUGCACUGCUAAACCAGGCAGGGUCCGUUCUCAGACUCUUCGGCCCAGCUUCUGCCAGCAUGAGAUUCCUCAGCAGGCAGGGGGCACCCCUCUUCUCUUUUGUUCCUCCCUCGCCCGGCAAUAAACGGCUUCCUCCACUGGCAGAA